CGAACUCGGUCCUUCGUGCUCGGUCGAUUUGCUUGGUGGUUGUGGCUCGCGCAAUUUCGGUUUUUAGAGACGAAUUCAGUGGGACCAAAGCAGCUGAAGUGCAUCCCACGUGAAAAAUAUAGCCACUACGCUUCGAAAGAUUCACUCUACGGGUACCGGACACUUGUUUCGUCUUAUCUGCAUGUCACUGACAUCGGGACGCUGAUUACCCGCAUUUUUGGAAUCGUGUCACAACCGGCGUUUUUGAGGCAGCAAUGAUAUCAUACAACCAUCUCAACAUGAAUGGUCGAAGAGACAGGUCACCGAUGCGCGGUGACCGCAACAUGGACCCGAGCCGGAUGCGCGGUGACCGGGAGCGGCCGCCGCGGCGCUUCCCGGACGAGCGGGACCGGGACCGGCCCGGGCCGCCCCGCGACCGGCCCGCCGCUGGCUCCGCCAGGCGUGGCCGACCUGAGCGUCGCGUCUAUGUCUCCAACAUUCCAUUUGACUACAAAUGGCAGGAACUCAAAGACCUUUUCCGUCACGAGGUCGGCGAGGUCUCCUUCGUGGAGGUGUUCGCCGACGACACGGGCAAGUCGCGCGGCUGCGGCAUCAUCGAGUUCGAGUCGGACGACUUAGUGGACCUGGCGCUGGAGAAGAUGCACCGCUACGACCUGCACGGCCGCAAGCUCGUCGUCAAGGAGGUGGGGUUUGGCGGCCAGCCGGGCCAGUCGACUGGCGCCUCGGCGGACUUCGGCGUGGAGCGGGACCGGUACGGCCGGAUCAUGCGCGACGGCGUGCCGCACGGCGAGAUCGGCGUGGGCGGCGGCGGUCACGGCGGCCCGCCGCGCGGCGACAUGGCCGGCCGCGAUGGCCGCCGCGGCGGCUACAUGGGCGACGGCGGCGGCCCCGGGCCCGGCCCGGCCGGGCCGCCCGGUCUGCCCGGACCGCCCGGACCACCCGGGCCGCCCGGACCGCCCGGGCCACCAGAGGCCAAGUACACCAACACGUACGGCCUCAACGUCAGCUUCCUGGAGAGCCUCGGCAUCGAGAGUCCACUGGUCAACCGCGUCUUUGUGGCCAACCUGAUCUACAAGGUGGACGAGAAGCAGCUGAAGGAGGUGUUCAGUCUGGCGGGCAAGGUCGUCUCGGUGUCGAUCAACAAGGACCGGGAGGGCAACAGCAAGGGCCACGGCGUGGUGGAGUUCGACCACCCGGUGGAGGCCGUGCAGGCCAUCUCCAUGCUGAACAACCAGAUGUACAUGGACAGGGUCAUCAGCGUGCGCAUGGACCGCGUGACGGACCGCAAGGAGCGUGACUCGGGCCCGGUGCUGCCGCCCGGCCUGAAGGGCCUCGGCCUCGGGCUCGGCUCCAACGGCAAACCGUUGGCCGAUGUCGCCUCCAAGCUCGCGGAGUCUCCGCCGACGGCGGCCGCGGCACCGGCCGCCGGCGUGGCUGCUGCGCAGCUGGGCGGGCUGACGGCCAACCUGGCGGGAGCCAACGGUGCUGCCGCGCUCGGCCUGAUGGGCGCCGCGCCUGGCGCCGCCGCCGCAGGGUUCCCGGUGGGCGUCCCGGGCGUGGGCGUCGGCGGCGGCGGUGGUUUCGGCGGUCUGAGCGGCCUGCGCGGCGACGGCUUGGGCGGCGGCCUGGACGAGUCGCGCCUGGGCGGCCGCGGCGGCCUCGACCAAGGUCGGCCCGGCGUCGAGCCCGGGCGUGUUGGUCGCGGCUCGUACGGCGGCGGCGGAGGAGGCGGGUACGGCGCGUCUAUGAACUCCGGCGCGGACUACAACGGCUCCGCCAGGUCCUUCUCCGACUCCAUCAUCGUCAGCAACCUGGACCCGGGCUUCACGUGGCAGAUGCUGCGCGACCAGUUCCGCGACAUCGGCGAGGUGCGCUUCGCCGACAUGAAGGGUAAGGGCGUGGGCGUGGUGCGCUUCUCGAGCCCUCACGAGGCGCAGCGCGCCAUCAGCCUGAUGGACGGCGCCCGCUGCGACGGCCGCAUGCUGGACGUGCGCUCGUACUGAGCGGCGCCGGCGCCCGGCCGAGCGGA